AUUCACAGGAAGUGUAGUCGAGCGAAGUCGGACAGCCCUUCGAGAGAGAAAAAAAAGAAAAAAAUUAAGGGAAAAAAAAUCGGUGAAUCCAAGGGGUUCGGGCGGAUUUGGACGAAGUUUCCGAACUGUCCCGGCCCGGAGGAGCCCUGGGGGUUGAAAGGGAAUCGCCAGCACCGAAAUAAUGGAAGAUUCCCAUUUCAACUCAUCAUACUUUUGGUCUCCCGUACCAACAGUACAAGGACAGAUUGAGAACGCCAUGUUUCUGAACAAGAUGAAAGAACAGCUGGGGCCGGACAAGGGCGCUUCCUUUCCGCACUCGUCCGCGGCGCACUACCCUACGGCGGUGCUGACGGUGCCAGGCUCGGUCGCCAUGGACACGGGAGCCAUCGGGAGGGUGCCGAAACAGGAAGGUGGCGGAGGAGGAGGAGCCGGGACAGCAGGGGCACAAAUGACUGCCGUUGGAGCGCACCUGCACCCACCUCACACGUCCCAGAACAUCACAGUGGUGCCCGUACCAACUACUGGCAUCAUGACGGCUGCGGGGUUGGUGAUCACGACUCCUCAGGGCGCAUUGGUCACUCCUCCUUCCUCCUCUCAGUCUUUUGUUUCUGGACCACAAACAACGACCAUGAUUGUGUCCGCUCUGCACCCAACAAACACAGAGGCUGUCCGGUCCCCUUCCCUCUAUCUCCACAGCCACUACAAGAAAGAGGAUGGCAGCAUCCCACCUGCUGUAGUCAUGCCAGUUCCUGCAAAGCGGGGGAGAAAGAAGAAGUCCAUGAUGCAAAGGGCAGGCCCCGUUUCAGCCCACACACUCGCCACAGGAAGUGAUGCGCUGAUUCUUGCGCACCUGGCCGCUGGGGGACAGCACAACACAAGUGACCCGUAUGACCUCUCCAACGAUGAGGAUGAUCAUCAAAGCAAAGAUGGGAACAAGUCCUACAGGUGCCGGAUGUGUGCGGUGACGUUCUUCAGCAAAUCAGACAUGCAGAUUCAUGCCAAGUCACACACAGAGGCGAAGCCGCACAAGUGUCCUCACUGCUCCAAAUCGUUUGCCAACUCCAGCUAUCUGGCGCAGCACAUCCGCAUCCACAGCGGCGCCAAACCCUACACCUGCUCCUACUGCCAGAAAACCUUCAGACAGCUCAGUCACUUACAGCAGCAUACACGAAACCACACAGAGGGCAAACCGCACAAGUGUCCUCACUGCUCCAAAUCGUUUGCCAACUCCAGCUACCUGUCCCAGCACAUCCGCAUCCACAGCGGGGCCAAACCCUACACCUGCUCCUACUGCCAGAAAACCUUCAGGCAGCUCAGUCACUUACAGCAGCAUAACAGGAUUCACACUGGUGAUCGGCCGUACAAGUGUGUCCAUCCCGGCUGUGAGAAAGCUUUUACCCAACUAUCCAACCUCCAGUCUCAUCGAAGACAGCACAACAAGGACAAGCCAUACAAAUGUCACAACUGUAACCGCGGUUAUACAGAUGCGACCAGCUUGGAGGUUCACUUGUCUACACAUACGGUGAAACACGCCAAACUCUACUCCUGUGGCCUCUGCAACCGCGCAUACACAUCUGAGACGUACCUGAUGAAACACAUGCGGAAACACAACCCAGACCCUCUGACGGUGGCGGCUGCAGUGGCUGCCCAGCAAGCCCAGCAGGGCCAGAACCCGGGUCAGCCCUCGGGUGGAGGAAGCGGCAGGGGUCGCGGGCGAGGAAGGGGCGGCGGAGCUGCGGGAGCCAGAGUUGGACCAGCGGCGCAAGCCCAGAACCAGCCCAAUCCCAACGUGCCAACCAGUUACUCUGUCACGGAGGGAAUACCCUGCCCUUUCGACCUGCAUCAGUACAAGACCGUGUCGGCUGGAGAGAUCCAGUACAAGCCUGUCAGCGUGGCCGACCUGACGGCCCACAAAGACCUCUGCCUCACCGUCUCCACCUCUGCCAUCCAGGUGGAGCACAUGAACUCGUAGAGCAACUCGUGGAGAAUGAGAGCGAGGAGGUGGGGUGAGGAGAAAUGGACCAUGAAUUGGGAAGGAAAUAAAAACACUGCCUUGGGACAGAGGAGGAUUUCCACAUUCAGACUGGUAGGACGAAGGGAGGGAAGGAUGGCAGACGGAGGAGAAACGAAGAGAUGAACUCUUUGGGUUGUCUUUCUUUAGACUUGCUUUGCAGUGUCACAAAAAUCGCCUUAAGCAUGAUGACUAUUUUCAGUUAGCGACUAUUUAAAUAUAUUCAAUACUCAACCCCUUUUUCCACUUUAAAGUGCGAAAAUCACAAUAAUUUUCUCCAUUGGGAAAUCAAUUUUUUAGGGUGUGUUCAUAGGGCAUGUUUGGUUUGACUAAAACGAACCCUGGUGCGAUUGCUCGGUUCAUUCGAAUAAGUGUGAACUCUGGUGCGCAUCAAACAAGCGGAGCGAGAUCGCUGAAUAGAUGGGUCUCGAUACACUUCCAAACAAACUCUGAUACGGUUCAAAUGUAAUAUGAACGCAGCACGAAUCAAAGACAUGCAAACUAACCAAAAACAGGACAUGAUGUCACAAGAUGCAUUCCAGUUCUCCAGCUGGUCAAAACAUGUAUGUAGGCUACACACUGAGCCUAGAAUACAGCAUUUUUUGGAUGUUCAGUAAGUUCGGUCUCAAAAUAUACGUUAUAAAAGUUGACCAAUCAGGUUGUGAAAGUAUCCCAAUGCCUUUAGGUUCGGUAUCUUUAGUUUCAGUGUUAAAAACCGAGCUACCACCCUAACUUUUGCCUUUAGGUUCGGUAUUAAAAAUGCUAAUGUGAACACCCUUAGACAUUCAAACCAGGCCUACUGUGAGCUCCAAGGUUCAAUUAAUGGUAUAUGCUUCUAUUGAAGCCACGAAUCCGCAUUAUUUCACCUUAUUUUUUUACUAAAUAAUUGUUUAAUAGUGAUGAAAAACUACAUUAGCCAUGAUUCGGCAAAGAAAUCUCCAAUAAGCUAAUCACAACAAGCUAAUCGCAUCAAGUGCUAGAACCUUUUUUCAAAAUCAAAAUCAAGGUGUGUGAUGAAGAUUCACCCUAUAGCUAGUUGGUUUGGUUCAUGGAUUAUAGCUUUAAUUAUUAUUAUUUAUUUAAAUCCCUAUGGGAAAAAUACUUCCAGACACCAAGGCCAUUGAAAGUUACACAGCAAGAACCAUGGGUUAUCAUUCUGAAAUGGGGAUUUGUGAACCUCUCAAAGAGUUUUCAAUGAUUUGAGAGCCAAAGAUUGACAUAACUGACUUCAAAACCUUCAAAACAUCGUGGUCUUACACCUUAUUUUGAGAACAUAUUUCGUCUACUUAAAUAAAAUUGAUAGUGAACAGUUCGUACAUGUUUUCAAUCUAUUUUAUUUCAGAGAAUAAAGCACUAUCAGUGGAAAAGGGAUAAUUGAGCAAAUUUAUUUUAUGUUGGUGAUUAAAAUUGGUCCACAAUCAAAUUUUUUCCAUCCCUACCUAGAUGAACACACAAACUUAAAAUAAAAAAGAAUUUGCUUCAGGGAUUGUGAGAGUAUGAAUAAAAACACUCCGAUAUACAUCAUGACGACUUCAUGAGUAGCUGCUGAUAAAGACUACCACAUGCUUUUAUCAAGCUGUAAAAAACCGGCAAGUUUACUUUUUCCAAUUUAUAAAUGUUACAAAUGCUGGUCAAAAAAAUAGACAGAAACCAAAGUAUCCGAUAAAUGAAUUGUACAGAAUUGCAUCUAGUUUACAUGAAAUAUUUAGCAGGAAGAUGCACACACACACCUGCGGCAUUUAAACAGGUCGAUGCGAAUAGUUCACCCAAUGAUUGCAUUUAAUUUUGUUCCAAAUCCGUAUGACUUUGUAAGCACUUAUGGAGUGUUAAUGGCUUUUAUGACACUGCUUUGCAGGCCUCCUGAUUGACAUGUCAAGUAAACGUGCAACUGGUUUGUCACUACCAGCCCGAGACCUGUUGGAAAGAGGAGGCCAAGACUGCACUAAAGGGACAGAAGCUAAUGGUUUAUGGGAGAUGGCACUUAAAUGAACUUUUUUUUUAUUCAUCGUUUCUGUUUUCGUCGUUACAUUUUAGCCAUUUAUCAUAUGUAUUUUUCUAUUGUCCUUGUGUAUGGAUGUUGUAUGUGUUUGAGUGUGUGAAGGGUUGGUUGAAAAAGCAUGUCAGAGAACAGUUUAAGAAGGAGAUGAAUGUGUGAAAACAUCUAUAAAGUUUUUUUUUUGUCAUUUUAUAUGUUCUUGACCUUCCUUACAAAGAGUUUUUGUUUUUUGUUUUUCAGAAAGGAAGGAAGGGGAAAAAAAUAUUGUGCAGACAACAAUUUGGUUACCAGGUACUAUUUAGUAGUGUUUUUUUAAGAAAACCUUUAAUACUAGUUAUUAUUAUAUUAACUGUUAUUUUUUAUGCAAUUAUUACUAUCAUCAUUAUCCAUUGGGAGUUGCUCUCUGUGUGUGUGUAUAAAUAUAGAGAUGACGUGUUCAUUCUAAAAGGGAAGGAUUGUCUUUCUGGUCCAGCUGAAAUAUGAUUUUUAAAAAAUGUAUUAAAGGCAACAUUAGAGAUCAGAGUACAGGAUGUUAACAUAUUGCUAAACCAUCCGAUCACUGACUUACAUGAUGCCGUCUGUGUCCAGUAAGCAGCCAGGUGAUUGGCUAGUCCUCCACGUAUAAUCCUCGUUGUAUCCAUAUAUGUCUUUGGAAAAUAACACGGUUCUCAAUAUUAUUAUUAAUGUUACUUCUGUCACUCCUAAUACUUAUUAUUAACUACUCUUUAAGAUGACUUUGCUGUAUAGAUCAACACUCAUUCAUCUGACGUAACUAUUUCUCCUAAUAUGAACAAUAAAAAAGAUAAACAGA